AUGGCCUCGGAACCACUAGUAAGCCACAUCUACACGGCCGACCCUUCGGCCCACGUCUUCAACAACAAGUUGUACAUCUACCCGUCGCACGACCGCGAAACAGACAUCGCCUUCAACGACAAUGGCGACCAAUACGACAUGAACGACUACCACGUCCUCUCAAUGGACAAGGUGGGCGGGCAGGUAACCGACCACGGCGUGGCACUGCACCAGAAAGAUGUCCCCUGGGUGUCCAAACAGCUCUGGGCGCCCGACGCAGCGCACAAGAACGGGAAAUACUACUUGGUGUUUCCGGCGCGAGACAAAGAGGGCAUUUUUCGGAUUGGCGUUGCCUCCGCUGCGAAACCGGAGGGUCCGUUCAAGGCCGAAGAGAGCUUCAUUCGGGGCAGUUAUAGUAUUGAUCCCGCUGUGUUUGUCGAUGACGGUGAACAGGGAGAUGGGGAGGCGUAUCUCUAUUUCGGUGGCAUCUGGGGUGGGCAGCUCCAGUGCUGGGUUGAGCCCUCUAUCCUCGACAAGAAAGAGGGCGAGAAUGAACUGAACACUCUCGUCUUUGACGCCAGCCGCUCCGGGCCCCAGGAACCAUCCGGCAAGGGGACCCUCGCGCUUGGUCCGCGUGUCGCAAGACUCAGCGACGACAUGCUCUCGCUUGCCGAACCGGUGCGUGAAAUCCAUAUUCUCGAUCCGGAAACAGGCGAGCCCAUCGGGGCAGAUGAUCACACCCGCCGCUUUUUCGAGGCUGCCUGGCUGCAUCGCUAUAACGGGACGUACUAUUUCUCUUAUUCAACGGGAGAUACGCAUUAUCUCGCCUAUGCGACGGGGUCGUCACCUUAUGGGCCGUUUACCUAUCGUGGACGCAUUCUGGAACCUGUGCUCGGGUGGACGACGCAUCAUUCUAUUGCGGAGUUCCAGGGGAAGUGGUGGCUUUUCUACCAUGAUUGUGAAUUGUCCAAGGGAGUGGAUCAUCUUCGGUCUGUGAAGAUGAGGGAGAUUGUUUAUGACGAGGAGGGGGCGAUUCGACUUGCUUGA